GGCGAGCAGUAGCAGCAGUGGCCCUUCACGGCCUGCGAUAGCACCACGUACUAACGCAGCCGAGGCGAGGGCCACGACGACAAGAGGUGGUGAAGACAUCGGUAAAAAUCAUCUUGGAACAAAGGGCGCUGGUGCACCUGCACCAGCAUCGAAUGCUACUGCAGAGGUAGACGACAAUUACGAGGGGCAUGGUGAUGCCGAUGGUGCGGAUUGGAAUGACCACGACCCAGAGGGCAAUUACGACAACGGAAAGUACAACGAGGAUGAAAUGAACUACGAGGAGAAUCAAGUACGCGACAUGCCGGAUGACCCUUUUGACGUUGGGGUUGGGCCGGAAGACGAGGAGGAGGACGCGGAUCAACAGCAAGACGGCGAGAAUUACGUCGGCGGGGACGACCCCGGGCAGGAGCAAGACGAGGACUCAGAUGACGAAUAUAACAGGCAGAACUUCCUGGGUGAAGACCGGUACAUGAUGAACGACGAGGAGGAAAAUUACGACGAGAUCGAGAAUUACGAGGAUGAAGAUGUAGCAGCGCAAGAAGGCCAGGAGCAACACGAUGAUCGUGCUGCAUUUGUUGAACAAGAGCAUCACCCUCCCGCCGCGCCGACUGGAAGUACAAGUAGAAUUAUCUCUCAACGAGCAGCGACCUCCGGAAGCGCCGAGCUUGGUCUUCGACCACCCGUUGCAAAAGCGAUAGCUCCCCUAAUCGUCCCAGGAGCAGCUUCCACUUUUGCGAACAAGGCGACACAUGGAGAUAAUGCAGCAGCGUCGGUAGGUGCUGGUGCUGCGCGAGGGUCCUCGUUCUCUCUCCGGCCUCUGAGCAGUGCGGCGCCUGUAGUUGAAAGGAGCCACGCGGGGUCUUCAUCCUUGAACAAAGUGGUCACCAACAGCAACAUCAAGCCGAAGAUUUUCCACAACUACCGGGCGAGUAACGGAAACUUUGAGAGCCACAACUACAGUAACCAUCGGCGGAUCAGAAAUGGGCAGGACGUCUGGGAAAAGCUCCAGAACCACCCGGUGAGCAGAACCUUUCCCCAAGUGCUGCAGAACUUCUUCUGCGGGCCGCACUUUGCCACGCCGGACAUGCUAGAUAAGUGUGUCGAAUACAACCCAGCGACGGGCGCGAAGGGGAAAUCCCUGGGCAAGAUUUUCGAGGGGUUUACCCUGAUGGGGGAAUUACUGGACACGUUCUCCACCGACGAAAGCCACAACGCGAAAUAUUGCAGUGAAAAGUGCCCCCCACCCCUGAAAUUUCAAAAAUUUGUGAUGCGAAGUUCCCCCAUGAAAACUUUUCGUCAUGCAAGAAAGGAGUAGGAAUCUUUCUGAUGCAGAGUGUAGGCGUGUAUCGCAUCGCUUGCAUGAUGAAAAGGGCCGCUCUUGCUGGGGUCUUUUGCAAUAGAAAUUUUUGCUAUUAACGAUUGGAAACCUGUGAUGCUGAUAGAUGCAAGAGGGCGAAUGUUUCAUUUGGAAAGGUUUGCAAUGCAAAUGCUCCCAAGUUCGGGGGUGGGGGCGUUUUUCAUUGUAAUACGAAAGACCCGCCGAAGUUCGACGCCACGCUCGAGCAGGACACGCUGAUUAGUAGCGACUGCGCCAUGCACGUUAACUACGAUGCGCGAGCGGCGGAACAGCUUUACCGUAGGGGGAACUACCUCGCGCACUACUUCUAUUUGAGUCGGUGGCACGAAGAAAAGAAGGAGAAGGAGGAAAAGGCACAAGCGGUCCGGAGCUUGGACCCGAACAAGAAACCAACCGUGCUCAUGGUCGCAGAAAAACCCUCGAUCGCAAAGGUAUACUUGCGUAUACCUUGCUCCUGAGAAUGCUUUUGACAACUUGACGGCGCACAUCAGUAUUUUACGUACAUUUUCAUCUCCUGGUCCUUUCGUUCUUUGUGUUGAGAAAUACGAUACUUGCAUCUGCAUCAAGUAGUUCUAUUUUUAGAAACAACUACGAAUCGGUUUCUACCCAUGCGUAGUACUCUAAUUUACCAAUAGAUUCUUGCGGAGCACUUAAACCCGAGCUACCGCCCGUCCGCCAACGGCCCGUGGCAGAAGCGCGGCACGCUGUCGAAGGGCGUGCCGACUUUUGAGUUCUAUCCUACAGAAAAAAGCAGGCACGGCAUAUUUGUAUUGCAAAAAUUGAUACACAAAAAGCUCUGUCAUGGGCAGCCCCAUAGCAUGCUGUUUAGGAUAUGCAAUGCGUAUUUUUUUGUGUAUUUAUUUUUGCAUUACAAAUAUGACCUGCCUGCUUUUUUCUGUGGGAUAAGUUCAACGGUUUUUUCAAAGAGGCAAACAAGCAGUGCAUAUCAAAAGCAAAAAUCCCCCCUCCCCAUAUUGAGAAGAUGUCCUUCCGAAAAUUUGUGAUGCAGAUUUGUGACCACAAAUCCUGUCUGUCUUGCCAGAAGGCAAAUCCAGAGAGUCCGCCGCGAUAUGCAGGCGGUUUGUAAUGCUGCAAGGCCUAUAGGGCAGAGUUCUGCCAUCGACUAGGCCCCUACACCAAAAGCCCCCCGAAGCCUGGCGAUCUGCGUGCAGUGCUUUCCUGCAAGACAAAUGUGAUUUGUGUACACAAAUCCCGCAUCACAGAUUGACGUUUUGAUAUGGGGAGGUGGGAUUUUUCUUCUUGAUAGUUCAAGUUUCUGAUCACGUCCACCAUCGGACACUGUUUCACGCUGGGAUUUCAGAACAAACCUAUAUGAACCGCAAAUAUGUCUGGGUCUGGAAAAAAGCAGCGCUUGUCAUGCAUAUUUUGCAUGACCCAUAACGUCUGUGAUGCAUGCCCUAGCAUCACAGAUUUGUUGAGGGCUUUGUGAUGCCUGGACUGCAUGAGAGAUGCUCGCUCUUCCGUGUAGCAAAAAAUGGGUUUCUUUUGCUGGUCACGCAAUAGAGAUUCGGUGUAGAAUCCAACGGCAGCAUCACAAGUUGCAACCUUCCAGACCCAGACAUGUUUGCAUUUGAUCACCCAGGAAUCCGUACGAUUGCUUUGACACAACCACCGUGAAGGAGCUAGAGCCGUCCGCGACGAAGUGCCGCAUCCCGGAGCACCUGCGCGAUUUGGGGAGGGAGGCCGACUACUUGGUUUUGUGGUUGGAUUGCGAUAAGGAGGGAGAAAACAUUUGUUUCGAAGUGAUUUCCUUGUUGCGAAGCAGCGCCACCCCGGGUCAGCAGGGUCCUGGAAGUGAGAUUAAUCCGCGGUUUGAGGCGACGGACGAGCACAUCUACCGCGCACACUUUUCGGCCCUAACCAAACCGGAGCUGCAGCAGGCGAUGGCGAACCUGAAGCGCCCGAACAAGUUUCUGUCCAUGUCCGUGGACGCACGGCAGCUGUUGGAUUUCCGAGUGGGGAUAGCGUUCACGAUAACCUGAGGAAAAACGGGGCCCACAGACCUCCCCAUAGUCAUCAAGUUGGGAAGUCUGCAACACAAAUCCAGAAGGUUUGGGAGUCACGCAUGACAAGUUUCGCGCUGUAUUGUAGUGCAGGUCAGCAAGCAGAAGCACGUCCGAAUUACGUACAAAGCCGGCUCCUCAUCCUGUUUACCGCAUUCUAAAGUUGACUUACAACACGAGUAAGAAGGUCUCUCAUCCAUGGGAAUGCGCAUGUGAGUACAAAUUUUUUUGUAGUUGCAAAAAUCUUCAGUUGCGUGACAGCUCUGGGGUGUCGUGGGCCCCUUUUUUCCUCAGGACACACCAAGCUUCUCACCUGGAACUUUCUAAACCACGCGAAACAGAAGUUCUCCUGGAUCGACAACACUUGCCUGAGCUACGGACCCUGCCAAACCCCAACGCUGUGGUUCUGUAUCGAGCGGCACAAGGAAAUCCAGCGGUUCGUCCCGGAAAAGUGGCAGGAGCGGACGUUUACCCCACAGCUGGGCGGCGGAGGGUCUUCUACUUCAAGCGCCGGCCAUCACAGUGGUCACCGGGGCGGAGCAGGUAAUUCUUCUCGAUACAACAACAGCAGCGGUAGUUCUUCUUACCAGCAAAGUAUAACGGACAAAGCGAUCGAGUUCAAGUGCAAGUCGAAAGCGAAGACCAGUGCGACCUAUCUGCAGAAUAACAGCCGGAACAACAGCACAACCGCGACCCUCCUUUCCCUGGACUACGAAACGAAGAAGAUCCGGAAACCAGCGGGGUUGAAUACGGUCGAAUUGCUGAAGCAAGCCUCCUUCCUCGGGUUCUCCCCCGCGUCCGCCAUGCGAACGGCGGAAGAACUGUAUUCCGCUGGACUGAUAUCCUACCCCCGGACAGAAUCCACGAAGUACGUAUCAAAUGCAAAAAUGUCUGGGUCUGGAAACUUGUGAUGCUGGGUGGCGUAUUACGAGGAGGCCGCAAGUGCUGGCUCAGCAUGACAAGCUUCUGAGCUUCUAUCUAGGUGUUGCCUAUUCUGCAUGACAAGCUGCGUUUCUGCAUGACAGAAAUAUGGCGCUCUUGGGAAGAGUGCAUGACAGAUUUGAGAGUCAUGCCAGACACGCAUGACAAACAUGGACUCUUCCAGACCCAGACAUUUUUACAUUUGAUAGUACGCGAGCAGCUACAACGUGGACGAGAUAGCCCGGAUGUUAUGCACUGCAAAAGUAGCCUACUAGUAGUAAUUGCAAUACAAAUUCGCUCAGCAUGACAAAUGGAAUUUGCCAUGCUGAUUUGCCUUGGGAACCAGAUUUGUAAUGCAUGAUUGCAGUAAUUACUACGAGUACGAUACUUUUGCACAGGAUAGAUGUUCCAGCACGACAACAAGCUGCGGCAUUCCGUGCAAGCCUUGCUGAACCAGCAGAGUGGAAGCAACGCGCGCAUUCGUAUCCUGUGUAAAAACGUCCCCACACCAUAGUCAAGAUGGGAAAUCGGCUAGACAAAUCCACAAGCUUUGGCUGUUUUGCAUGACAAAUUUGAACUCGUAGUGUAGUGCUUGUUUGAGGUAGCUCAGCAGCAUUAUAGAUCCAGUAUAUCAUGCUGAUUGGAGCAUGACAAAUUUCAAAACACGACUAAAAGAUGCCCCUCAUGGGGCUCCGCAUGAGAAACAUUUUCAGCAUGCAGAUUUGCAUCACAACUAUGGGGUGGGGACGUGUUUAAAUACGAUAAUUCGCCCCCCGCAGGACGGGUUUGACCGGGGGGACCACCCGCCCAUCUAUCCUGUGCAAAAGUAUCGUACUCGUAUAAAUGCAACUCUUGAUGCAUUGCAAAUCUUUGUCUUUAGGCAAACCCGCAUUACAAAUUCAAUUUGUAAUGAUGAUCAACUUUGUAUUGCAACCUAUACUAGUACGGUACUUUUGCAGUUCAUACCAUCACGCCGAUGCGGAUACCGGGCCGGGGUGAGAACUUGAAGCCGAAGGCGUGGAAAAUGUUCGAGCUAGUGGCCAAGCAUUUUAUCGUAUGAACUGCAAAAGUAUCGUACUCGUAUAAAUGCAUUACAAAUUUCCUCAGCAUGAGAGAUGAAAUUUGUCAUGCGGAUUUACGUUAAGAAAAAGAUUUGUAAUGCAAGCCUUGCAUUGAUACGAGUACGAUACUUUUGCACAGGAUACAUCGCGUCGCUGUUUAACGACAUCGAGUACGUGGAAUUUACCGCUAAGGCAAGGUUGGAUGAAGCGGGCGGAGGCGGUCGGUAUGGAUCAAAUAACAACAGCGGUAAAAACACCAGCACGGACAGCGAGAAUACUUUCGAAGCGGUCUUUCACUAUUUGGUCCCAACUGGAGGUCGGGCUCGGGACCACUACACAUCAACUACGAAUCGGGGCGCAUCUUCCUACAACAAUCGUGGAGCACCAGGAGGUGGCUCGUCGUCGUACAACAAUUAUUCAUCCAACGGCAAUAGCAACUCCAGCUCUCCCGCGUGGCAGAAUUCCUUCCUCCACCUGUGCGAGCACAAGGGGAAGUUUUUGAAAGUGCUCAGCAACCACACACUGACGAACAACAACUGCCAGCUGCUGAAAAGCCACUACUUGGCGAAAAACACCCGAUUCUCGAACCUCCGGCUAACCAGCACGGAAACCUUCACCGAGCCCCCGCAGUUUCUGUCAGAAUCGGAGUUGGUCGGCUUGAUGGAUAAGAACGGGAUUGGGACCGACGCAAGUAUGGCAGGGCAUAUCGAAAACAUAUGUGUGCGGAACUACGUCAGCGUUUGCGGCCCGGGUGAAAAAGGGAGCAAGGAAGCGGGGCCGAGAGUCAUGGUACUUUAUUUUUCAGGUUGUUUCAUGAUCUUCUCGUUGAUUCGGUGCAGUUAUCUAAUGCUUUGAGUGAAGUACUUACUUCAUACAAUUAUCUAUCACAUUAUCUCUUGCAGUUGCAGUAGUUGCACCUAGCGCCAGCGUGUCGUUGUGGGACAUGAAAAAGCAGUUGAAAAGAGACCGACAAUUUUUAAUACUUGAUUUGUCAUGCAAAUUGACUAUGAGCCGCCAGGCCAUCAAGCUGCUUCGCAUGACAAAUUCUCGCAAAUCAUGAUCAUCAGACCAAGGGCAUGAACAAAGGCAAACUGAAGUCUGGAGAGUGGCCGAAGUCUCGCCACCUCGUCCCUACCGGUUUGGGCCUGGCGGUGCUGGACAUUGUGCAGAGGUCCGUGCCGGAGUUGGUGGACCCGAAGAUCCGUGCGUACAUGGAAAAGCAGUGCAACCAGAUCUCGGACGGAGUGAAUUCGAAGGACACUGUCGUGACGGAAAACAUCAAAGUUUUCAAAGACAAGUUUCGCAGAUUGGAAGGGAACCUGGACAACGUGCGGCACAUACUCGCGCCGAAAGACGGGGUAUGGAGAGAAAAAAGUUUGUCACAGUCACUAACUUGCAGGCUUUGCAUUACAAAUUCAUUUAGCAUCACAGCUUUUCCUUGUAUUGCAGAAACACUAGGGAAAUCCCUUGUAAAGUUUGGCUGUGAUGCAUUGUUACGCAUGACAGAAAAUUUUGUAUUGCAAAAAUGCGCAUGAGUGAUCGUGACGAACUUUUUUCUUUCGAUACGGGGGCGGGGGUGGCGGCUGGAUGAAUAACAACAGUUCAUCAAGCGGAGGUGGGUUCUACGGAAAUAACAACAAGUAUGGAUGUGUCAGGUUUGAAACCGUCAGAGUUGAAAUAGUUUGUCAUGCAUAAAAUGGAUGCCAGUUGGAGCCCAGUUAGCAAUUGGCGCAUGACAAGUUUUGGUGGUGCCUAAAUCCAGUUUGUGAUGCUGUUUGGGUAAGGAAGACGCCUUUUGUCAUGCUACUUUAGCAGCUCCAUUUCUACCCCUCAACAGGCUUGCAAUAUGCCUCCCUUGCCUACUCUGCAAGACAGGCGCUUUGUGGGUUGCAUUUUAUGCAUCACAAAUUAUUUCAACUUUGACGAUUUCAAUCCUGACGCUUCCAUAACAAGUCUUCCAACUUCAAAGGAGGAAGUUCCGGGGCUUCCUUCGGUGGGAAGGGGGCGAAGAAUAGUAAAGGCAGUGCACCAGCAGGUAAAAAUGCUCGGUCCGGUCCGUAUGGGACAAGUUCCAUGGUGGUUGGUGGCGGAGGAAAUAAGAGUAGCAAAAAUACUAAAAAUGGCGGGAAAGACAGCAAAGGCGGCGGUGUGAAAAAGGGAAAUGACAAAGGGAACAAUUCCACCUUUGCGGGUGGAAAGAUGAACAAAGGGACGUCGUUAUCCGAAGGAAAAACGUCCCCACCCCAGAGUCAAGAUGGGGAUUUUGCAACACAAACCUUGAAGUUUUGGGAGUCACGCAUGACAAAUUGCGGGCUGUAGUGUAGUAGUGCAGUAUAGCAACGGAAGUCGCAUUACAAAUCCAGUUGCUUAUCCUGUUUACAGCAUUACAAGUUCCAAAACACGGUCGGAAAUGCCUAUCAUGGGGAUGCGCAUUACAAAUGCUCUUGUGCUUGCAGAUCUGCAUGACAACUCUGGGGGGGCAAAGUGUGUCGCAUUUUGUUUAGCAUGACAACUCUGGGGUGGGGAUGUUUUUACACAGGAUAGUCGUCGAGUAAAGGCAAAGGCAACGUCCACCAGUCGGCAACGGGCUCCAACGACAUACCGCUUGGGGGCGGUGGAGGCAAAUUCGGUGGUGCCGGUGGUGGCAAGAGCAGCACAGGAACUAAAAAUAACAACUCAUCCAAAGGAAACGGCGGUUUGUUCGGUAAUAGUGCCACCACUUCUGGUAAAAACAAAAAGGGAACAACGACUUCUGCAAAGGGUCGCGUGCACGACUCCGCGACGGGCUCGAAUGACAUUCCGCUUGGCAAUCCGAACAAGGGCUUAGGCAGAAGCAACAAUAAUUCUUCUUCCUGGGGGCCUCCACCGCCGAUGGCGGCAGGAGGCGCAGGCGGGAAGAACCAGAACAGUGCCACGACAACUUCUUCUACGCAGCAAAGUGCACAGCAGGUGCAGCAGGCCCUCUAUCAAAAUGUGCUGCAGCAGCAAAAUUUGGUGUUACAGCAACUUUACAACCAGAUGGGAGCGUUUACGAAGUGACGGGAGAUACUUGAGAUUUUUACACAGGAGAUGGAUGGAACAACACUCCUGCCAAAGCACUACAAACAAGUCGAGAAUAUAAACUUUGAAGAGAGGCACUACAAGGACUUUUUUACCCAUCGUAGGAAAAAAUUUGUGGAAGAACAAGAUGAAGAUCGUAGCAGUGGUAGCAGCCUGUUGAAACGAUUUCGACUCUUAAACCCAAGAGCGGCAUGCGGAUUCAUAGAUUUGGCGACACCUACAUUACUUCCAAGAAAAUCGAAUGGAAAUCAGAAGUUGUGCUCUAAUGUGAUUCGCGUUGAAGCAAGAAGAAACACCGUUGAAGAGAAGCGAAAAU